AUGAGUUCUACGUUAGAUCAUAGUGACAAACAAUUCACCACACAUACAGUUGACAUUGAAUCCAAAGACAAUGGACAUGUAUCUCCUCUCCAAGCAGAUGCGGCGCUGGAAUACCUUCGCACCGAAGGUGUAGCCACGUUCUCCGAUGUAGACGAGAAAAGGCUGGUUCGAAAGAUCGAUCGAAUGAUCGUACCAUUAAUGUGGGCGAUUUACUUCCUACAGUACCAAGAUAAGAUCCUAAUCAACUAUGCAUCGGUCAUGGGCCUCCUGGAGGAUACUGGCAUGCGAACAGAUCAAUUCUCAAACCUGGCUCUAGCCUUUUAUGUGUCCUACCUCUUCUUUGAACUUCCAACAGGAUACCUGAUGCAGCGGUUGCCAACUGCAAAGUAUCUUGGAUUAAAUGUGACCCUCUGGGGUCUUCUGACCACCCUAAACUGCGUUGCAAAGAAUUUCCCCGGGCUCGUCGUGCUUCGGGUUCUCCUAGGAUGCUUUGAAAGUGCCGUAGCACCUGCGCUGAUUUUGAUAACCUCCAUGUGGUACAAGAGAGACGAACAACCUAAGCGCAUGGGCUUCUGGUACUUGGGCACAGGCACCGCGACCAUAGUCGGUGCCCUCGUCGCAUACGGUCUGCUCUUCUAUACAGCGGACGAGUUCUAUUCUUGGCAAAUCAUGUUCUUGAUCUUUGGGCUCAUCACAAUCGCAGUCGGAAUCACAGUCUUUCUGGUCUUUCCAGAUAAUCCCAUGACUUCGCGGCUAAGCCAUGAAGAGAAAAUAAUGGCAAUUGAGCGUCUUCGCGAGAACCGAACAGGCAUCGAAAACAAGCACUUCAAAUGGGGACAAUUCUCCGAGGUUUUCAAAGACCCGCAAGCCUACCUGAUUGCUGUAAUUGUGGCCUCGAGCAGCAUCAGCAAUGCCGCCAUCAGCAGCUUCUCCGCCUUGAUCAUCAAAAACUUCGGGUUUACCACCAAAGAGACCGAGCUGCUUACAAUCCCAGGAGGCGUGGUCAGCGUGAUAAGCAUCUUGCUCGGCACAUACUUGGCGGGUCGGUUCGACCAGCGGUGUUUCUGCACCAUCGGCAUCCUGUGUUGCGGUCUGCUUGGAGGCUGCCUCAUGGCCUUCGCUCCGAGUAACAAUAAAGGCGCCAAGUUGGCCGGGAGCUACCUGACCAACUGUGUCGGGUCCGCCCUGCCCUUGCUGUACUCUAUUGCAGGGGCCAACAUUGCCGGUCAUACUAAGAAGGUGACCAUGAAUGCGAUCGUUCUGAUGUCGUUCUGUCUCGGCAAUAUUCUAGGCCCGCUGUCAUUCCGCACCAAGGACGAACCGGAGUAUAUGCCAGCGAAGAUCGCCAUCGUCGCGACUGUGUCUGUUGCGAUUGUCUUCACCGUAGCUCUGAAAUGCUACUACAUCUGGGAGAAUCGGCGACGAGACGAGCAGUGCCAGGGGAUGCAGCAUGAAGACUCCCGAGUUUCUGGAUCUUACAGACAAGGCAAAUCCAGAGUUUAG